AUGGCAGCUUAUUACGUGGUCGGCCUUCCUACCAGAGUGCCUCCUACUCCUAGAAGUGAGUUGCUAGAAGCGAGCAUAGAACCAACGAGCAGUCGCUUCCCAACCAAGGAAGGAGGCAAUCGAAAGGCCGACCACUAUAUAGGCAUUCUGGGGAAUGCCAACUACAAGACUACGACUACAAAGAUAGGUAGCAAAGCCAAGCCUAUAGGCGUAGAAACGAGUCGCCAGAAGAGUGUUGCCAGAAAAAAAAGAGCUUAUAUAGGGGUCGGCCUUCCUACCGGAGUGCCUCCUUUGUCGAAGAGCCAAGCCUGCGUAAGAAGCUUCAAAAGUUGUGCGAAGGAGUUCUUCUCUACCCUCUCCUCUCCAAAGGCCAAGGGAGAGACUGCAACUUACCUUUCCUAUGGUAGCUCUUUUUGUUUCCCAAGGAUAGCGGUAGCUGUAAAGCCCGCUUUCUUCACUCCACGAAUGAGAGAGAAAGUCAGAGGAAAAAAGACGUUCUCUCUUUGUGAGGUCCGAAAGUGGAGAACGCAUAGCAUUCUCUGGGCGCAUAGGAUUAAACGUAAAGCUGCACUUUCUUGGCAGAGUUCUCGACGGCAAGAAACUUUAGGGCUUGUUGGAGCUGCUGAGCAUAAUGAAUCGAAGCCGAAGGCGGAUCAAGAUAGCUUACUACCAAGCCAAGUGCUUGCUUGCACUGUAUUACAUGGUCGGCCUUCGUAUCAGAGUGCCUCUAGAAGCUUCAUAGAAAGUUUGCUUCCGGGAGAAGCUAGUCGCUUCGAUAGCUUGCCUGCUAAGCCGAUAGGCGAAGGGCCGAAGGAUGGAGCGUGCAAAGUUUUUCAUGCACCUGUCGUGUGACCCGUUGGUCCUAAGCAAUGUCUUUCGCGAAGCGACCAACUGUGUAAAAAAGAGAACUUCGAUCAGAUGCGGGUAUCCAAUCCCGCCGCUGAGAUGCCCAACUGAUUCCUAGGCCUUGAUGAAUGGCCGGUCACCUUUGACGUUAGAAGAGCAAAAGGCCCUGGGCAUAACAGGAUGAACCCAUGUGAAUGAGUGUAAGCUUCGUUGCCCAAACACGAUUGGUGCUGACCACACUAGGUGCUACCGUGGUAGCAAGAGAGGCCAGGCGGUGACAAUUGAGAGGUUGUCACUGAGCAUUCCAAGUCACAUGGGAAGAGAGGUAAAAUGGCAAUGCCAUACGCCCGUGUGGCUUCUCGCGGAGUAUAGCUCACAUCCAAACAUCUGAUUGGGGAAUGGGGCAACGCCCAUGGAGCUCCGACGGAAAGGGAAGGUCUGCCAGGCCGUAUGCCCAUGAGUGCAGGAUUCUUCGAAAAAGUGCGGGCUGACUCGGAGACCAGGGACCUUAGCAUAGCAACGAAUGAAGGGCAGCUCAAAGAGCUUUCUCCGCCAGCAGCUUAUUACGUGGUCGGCCUUAUAAAGGUCGCUAAGCUUCGCCUCCCCCCCCUUACUGGACUUCACUUAGUAGUCGGCAUUCUAUAAGCAACUUGUUGAGUCUACGAAGGUUUGCUUCUUGUAGUCGUAGUCUUG